GAGAGAGAGAGAGUUUACAAGAAACACUCCAAGCUCCAGGUUGCUUCUCUCAGCAAGAACAAGGAGCUCAGAGACCUGCUGCAUGCCAGAGGGAGACAAAAAAUAACAUCUCCAAGAAUUUGCACGCGCGAGCAAGAACUCUCCUCCCAAAACCGACCCGAUGUCCAACAAGCGUCCCAAACCGGAGAAAUCAGAAAAACCAAAAAUGGCGCAGCGCCUAAGCAGGGAUCUGACCUGCUCCAUCUGCCUGGAUUUAUUCAAGCAGCCCGUGUCUCUGCCCUGCGAUCACACCUUCUGCCAGUCCUGCAUCACCAACUACUGGAGCGGCGGAGGCGCGCGCGCACCCGGCCAACCUGGCACCGGUUCAUGCGGCUCGUGCCCUCAGUGCCGCAAAGUGUUCCCCGGUCAGAGUUACCGGCCCAACCGCAUCGUGGCCAACAUCGUGGAGAGCUACAGCCGCGAGAUCGAGGAGGAGGAGAGCGCGAGCAGCGCACCGAGCCUGGCACCGCGCUGCGCGCGCCACCGCGAGGAGCUCAAGCUGUACUGCGAGGAGGAGCACGAGCUCGUGUGUCUGGUCUGCGCAGUAUCUCAGGAGCACCGGGCUCACGCGCUGGUGUGUGUGGACGAGGCGGAGCAGAAAUACCGGAAGUCACUGAGCAGCUCAGCCACAGCACUUCAGGCAGAGCUGAACACGGCACUAGAGUGCGAGAGAGAGACUGAGGAUGAGGUAAAGAAACUGAAGGAACACACUGCGGAUCUCAAGCAGCGUAUCGAGGCUCAGUUUAGUGACCUCCACCAGUUUUUGUAUCAGGAGGAGAAAAUGCUGCAGGUGAAGUUGAAGACCGAGGAGCGGCGGGAGCUGAUCCGUCUGGACGAGCACAAAGCGCUGUUGUGUGUGGAGAUAUCACGACUGCGGCGCGCCCUCUCAGAGAUCGAGGAAAAACUGAGAGAGCAUGAUCCAUACACACUACUGAGGAACAUAAAGGCUCUCCUUCAGAGGCAGCCACUGAAGUUUGAGAAACCUUCUCUGACGCCACCACAGCUGUGUGAGGGUCGAUUUGCUGGGCCGCUUCAGUACCGUGUCUGGAAAUCUCUCAAAGGCAGCCUCUAUCCAGUGCCUUCAGCCAUCACGUUCAACUCAAGCACAGCGAACCCGUGGCUGAGCGUGACCCCGUCGCUGACCUGUGUGCGCUACCAGACCUUCAACAGCUCUGCACGUGACAACCCGCAGCGCUUCGACGCAGCUCUGUCACUGCUCGGCAGUCAAGGCUUCACCCACGGAUGCCACUACUGGGAAAUUGAGGUGUCAAGCAGUGCUGUGUGGACGGUGGGUGUGGCACGAGAAUCUGUCGCCAGGAAAGGUGUGAUCAAAGCUCUGCCAGCCAACGGCUUCUGGACCGUCUCACUCUCAUAUGGUGUCCAGUACAUGGCAGGGACAUGGCCUCCCACCGUCCUGUCCUUGCAUGAGCAGUUGGAGCGUAUCGGUGUAUACCUGGACUAUAAGAGAGGUCUUGUGUCUUUCUACAAUGCUGAGGGCAUGACGCACCUCUACACAUUCCGCGACACCUUUAACGAGACGCUCUAUCCUUACUUCAACCUCGGUUUUCUUGAUAAAGUGCAUGAGAAUGAGCCACUUAAAGUGUUCUUGCCCAAAAUAUGAGCUACAGGAGCGCAGUGUCGGGUCCAAAACCUUGAAAAAACUACCAAGGAAUGUUUUAUUGAAGCAGUUAUCAAAUCAUGCAUUCUUCUUCGUUUGAGAUUUUUCAGGAAUCCAUUGUUUAGUGGUGUGAUGAAUCCUCAUUUAAACUGAAGCCUCUUGUUCAAUUUUUGUUUUUUAGUCAUUUUGAUGCUGUUUCAUUUCAUACUUUCUGUGAGCCUGUGCCCAUUGUAGUCCAAGAUUCCUGCUCUUGAUUGACAGCUGUGGAACCAAAUGUGGUCUUCUGCUGUUGGAGCUCAUCCACCUCAAGGUUUGAUGUUUCGUGCAUGCUAAGGUGCUUUUCAGCAUAUGGGUGAGUUUCCCAAAAGCAUCGCAGCACAAAGAGCAUCGUUAAAUGGUAGCGCGAGCAGCACAAUGAACACUCUCUCUCUCUCCUAGUUAAGAUGCUCUUAGCGUUAAGAGGCUUUUGGGAAACCCGUCACAGUACGGUUCUAAAGAAUGAACAUAUGAGUUCUUCCUGGCAGCUUGUUCCAUUCCAGCCCUUUUCCUUUGACCUCUCACUCAAUGUUUUUUGUUUUUCUCACCCACCAUUCUGUGUAAAGUCUGUUGUGUGUGACAAUCCCACAAGAUCAGCAGUUUAUGAAAUACUCAAACCAGGACAUCUGGUAACCAGCCUAUGUCACGAUCAGAGUCAUAGAGAUCACACCUUUUCCCCAUUCUGAUGUUUGAUGUGAACAUUAACUGAAGCUCUUGACCUGUAUCUGUAUGAUUUUUUUUUUUUUUUGUAUUCCACUGCCGUCACGAUUUGCUGAUUCUGAGGAUAACUUCAUAAAGGUGCAGGUGUAGCAGUGUUUCUAAUAAAGUGGACGGUCAGUGUAUAGGGGCUGCUGAAUAGCACAACAGAAAUGGCUCACUCUAUCAUCUGGACAUUGCAGGUUCAAAUCCUGAUGAGGUCAUAGCCAUCUGUGGAGCCCAAGAGAGCAAAACUGGCCAUGCUCUCAACCAAGGAAUACUUGGUCCUUGGCCAACUGGCUGCACGUGGAUUGGAGGAACCAGAUUUAGCCUGGUUGGUAGCUGUUGUGUGAUUGGGUGGGAACCUGUUUGUUCCUACCCAAUCAGUAAAACCCAGGGGAACCACGUUUAAUUUGAAGGAAACAUGGAAUCUGGCUGGAAACUAAAUGUAAGGGAGAAACCAUGAGGGUGCAGAUAGACAGGAAAUGAUGUUAUCCCUAACAUGAUAGUGCUCUUAGACUUUUAGACCUCAUAGUAGACCAGGCUGGACCUGGUGUAGAUAUGGAUCUUCAGUUGAUUAUUGGUUAGUAUUUGUGUGUGUGUGUGUGUGUGUGUGUGUGUGUUUUUAAAUAGUCAAUAUACAGUGUAUGAGGAGGAAUCUGAAUUAUACAUGAUAUAGCCAAAAGUUUGUGGACACCUGACCAUCACCUCCAUAUGUGCUUUUUGAGCAUGCAUUCCAGCUUCAGUCCCCCUUUGCUACUAUAACAGCCUCCACUCUUCUGAGAAGGCUUUCCACUAGAUUUUGGAGCUGACUGUGGGGAUUUAUGAUCAUUCAGCCACAUGAAUAUUCAUGAACUCAGGCACUGGUGUUGGCUGAGGAGGCCUGGAGUGCAGUCAGUGUUCCAAAUGAUCCCAAAGUUCUUUAGUUAGGUUGAGGUCAAGACUCUGUGCAGGCUACUUGAGUUCUUCCAUUCCAACCUUGGCAAAUCAUGUCUUCAUGGAGCUUGUCUUUUGUCUAGGAGCAUUGUCGUGCUGGGACAGGUUUGAGCCUCUUGGUUCCAGUGAAGGGAAAUUGUAAUGCUACAGCAUACAAAAGCAUUCUCUACAAUUGUGUGCUUACAAAUUUGUGGCAACAGUGUGAGGAAAAACUACAUAUCAGUGUGAGAGUCAGGUGUCCACAUGCUUUUGGCCAUAUAAUGUAUGUACUAGAGUGAGUGUGAAUUCAGUUGUGGUUUCUCUGAGCCUUAAGUAGUUUAUCAGAACCAUAUCGGAACCACUUGUUCUGACUGACUCUUUAAAAAGGGCUUUAAAUAUUGUUGUAUAUUUGUGACAUCAUCUAGACCUGUAUAGCAUAUAUUAUUCUAUCUACAUUCACUGGAUAUGAGCAAUUGUGCGCUCUGAUUGGCUACUCUGCUACUAGGAUAUCAGCUCAUAUGCCAUGAGUAGAGAAAAACAAAAUGGCGGAGCAUGUUGUUGAACCAACCAAGGACGAAAUAAAAACUCUACUCAACAACAAAACCCCAAAAAUACAAAAAAAGUAUCAAAAUAUAGAAUGAAAGUAUUUUAUGAUAAGUGCAUUUCUUUUUUUUCAUUUUUCAAGAAUUAUUAUUAUAGGAUGUUUCACAAAUUGAUAGUCAUUUCGCUGGUUUGUUUACAUUCUUCAUCUUUAAGCAUUAAAACUUGUUGAAUUUUUUGAGACUGGUUCAAAAGCUCAAGGAAGUUUGAAAAUGACAGAAUUAAGAAUUAAAUUAAUGUCUAAAGCUAUUCUAUACCUCGGCAUGACAGCAAGACGGCACUUUCUACAAAAAACAACAACAUUAAAGUCAAUUCAUGCAGCCAUCAGUGGGUUUUUAAGAAGUCCAUCGAAGCGGAAAUUAUUUUGUCGGACGUUUUGCAUAAAGUUUUUAUUUAUCGACUUUGCAAAAAAUAACAAUAAAAUGCUCUUUCUCAAAAUCCAGUGAAUGUGGAUAGAAAAAAAAACAGUUAUUCCACUCAAUCUCAUCGUACAUGGCUUAUAGCCAACUCGGCACUGCGUGCCUCGUCGGCUAUCAGCUCAUGUACGACACGAUUUUGUGGAAUAAUUGUUAAAUAUUACACGUCAUAUACAUUAUACACAUUAUAACAUCAGGGUAUACUGGUAUACCAAUAUAUAAUGACAAUGCAGUAAUAACGUAUUUAUGUUAAAAAUAUCUGUUUUAAAUGAUAAACCAGUGAAUCUGUUCAACAGAUUUUUUUUCAAGAAGAGUUUUUAAUCAUUGAGACUUUUGAUAUGUUAAAAAAAUAAAAAGGUUGCAGAUGCUGUUGGCUUGAUUAAAUCAAGAGAUAUAUCCCGAGGUGCUGAGAUCUCAUGUGAUAACCUCAUAUCACUAUUAAGAGCUAUGAAAGCGCCACAGUGUUUAAUAAUAUUCUUUAAACAAAGUUUAAUAAAAUAAACGUA